AUCAUUCUCUCCUCAACCUCGCCGCCAUGUCCCCGAUUUCCGCUCACCACGCAGACGACGCCCAGCAUGUCCUCGAUCUCAUAGAUCGUCAGUUCACGGUCACCUCCGACCAGCUCGUCGCAAUCACAAGAGGCUUCCUCGACGAGAUGGAGCAAGGUUUGGGUGCCUAUGGAAAGCCGAUGGCUAUGAUUCCAUCGUUCGUCACUGGUGUGCCAAACGGUAAAGAGACUGGCACUUUCCUCGCCCUCGAUCUAGGCGGGACCAAUCUUCGCGUCUGCGAGGUCGUUUUGAACGGUGACCAAACCUUCAGCCUCGUGCAGCAAAAAUACAAGGUGUCCGACACACUCAAGACCGGGGACGCUUCGGCAUUAUUCGAUUAUAUCGCCGACUCGGUCGAUGCAUUUUUGACCACCCAUGCAACCACGAAUUACUCCUCCCCUAAGGGCGUUCCCGCCGAUGCUGCUCCGGAUUCUGUCUAUCUCGGAUUCACUUUUUCCUUCCCCGUCGAGCAAACUGCCCUAGGAUCUGGAAAAAUCCUUACAUGGACUAAGGGUUUCUCUGCGAAGAACGCGGUUGGCAAUGACGUUGUCCAGUUGCUCCAAAAUGCCUUUGAUAGGAAACAUAUGCAUGUCAAGUGCAUCGCUCUCGUCAACGACACCGUCGGAACUCUUUUGACCCACGCCUACAUUAGCGGUGGAUCCCUCGUCGGUGCUAUCUUUGGAACUGGAACGAACGGAGCUUAUGUCGAGGAACUUUCCAAGAUCAAGAAGCUCGAUGGCAAGAAGGCAGAUUCUCCGGACGGUCAUAUGGUCAUCAAUUGCGAGUGGGGUGCAUUCAACAACUCCAAAUCCCAUCUGCCCAUCACUCCUUAUGACAAUACCGUCGAUCGUCUCAGCAUCAACCCCGGAUUCCAAAUCUUCGAGAAGUUUAUCUCUGGAAUGUACUUGGGAGAGAUUGUUCGACAUAUCAUCGUCUCUUUGGUCGAUGCUACGCCCAAGCCCAUCCUGUUUGGAGGGAAAUCUACAUCGGUACUGAACGAACACUACGGUCUGGACACCAGUUUCAUGAGCAAGGUCGAGGAAGCUUGGAUUGGCGACGACAAGAGUUCGGACGCUUUCACGCUACCGCCUCUGGCAUCCGUCAGCGACAAGUCUGUUUCACCCCAGGUUCUUUCCAAACUGCAAAAGAUCAAAGACGUCAUUGUUGAGACCUUGAAAUACCCCGCGGACGAGGUCUCCGUUCGGGAUGCAGCUAUCGUCCGUCAACUGUGCUACCUGGUCGCUCGACGUGCUGCCCUGCUUAGUGGUCUCGCUGUUUCAGCCAUUUUAAUCCAAACCGAGCGGGCACGAUUCCCUGGAGAUACCAACAGCCCGUUGAAAUACCCCAACGACACCCUAGGUGUCGGUGUUGACGGAAGUUUGGUCGAGCACUACCCCGGAUUCCAAGAUUCUAUGCGGGACUCCUUGAAGCUUCUCGUCGGCGAAGACGUUACAUCGCGGGUUGAGAUUGGUCUCGCGAAGGAUGGCAGCGGAGUAGGUGCUGCCCUUUGUGCUUUGCAAGCCUUGAAACAAAGGUCCUAA